UCGCAGCGCGUCUCAAGAUGCUGGACGUCCCGACGCUGGUGGUCGAGAAGCAGAAUCGCAUCGGCGACCAGUGGAGAGAUCGCUAUGAAGCGCUUUGUCUGCAUGACCCCCUUCCCGCCUUCAUGGCCGGUUAUUCGCCUGCCCAAAAACUCGCAAAUUGGCUCGAGUACUACGCAGAGGCGAUGGAGCUCAACAUAUGGACGUCGAGUUCUGCCGAGAGCGUCAAGUUGCAGAGCGACGGCAGAUACGAGGUGGUGGUCAAGAAGGCGGACGGCACGACGCGCACCUUCCACGUUGACCAUGUCGUCCUCGCACUCGGGUUCGGCGGCGGCGUUCCGAACAUGCCGACCUUCCCUGGACAGGAGGACUUCCAAGGCCAGGUCCUGCAUUCUACCCAGUUCAAGACUGCUAGAGAUCAUGCCGGCAAGAAAGUCGUGGUCAUAGGAGCUUGUAAUUCAGCGCACGACAUCGCCUCUGACUACGAGGAGCACGGCGUCGAUGUGACCUUGUACCAAAGGAGCGACACGUACGUCAUGUCUACCAAAGAGGGCAUGCCACGCAUUUUCGGUGACACGUUCUGGGAAGGCGCGGGUACGACUGACGUUGGCGACUUCGUACACACAUCCCUGCCUACCUUUAUGAUGAAGGAACUGCACAAGCGAGUCACGCAUGAUAUUGCCCAGGCGGACAGGGUCUUGCUUGAUGGGCUGAAGAAGGUCGGAUUCAAGCUCGGCUUCGGAUUUGAUGGUGCUGGAUUGUUGUACAACGCGAUGACUCGCGGAGGCGGCUACUACCUUGAUGUGGGGGCAAGUCAGAAAAUCGUCGACGGCAAGAUCAAGCUGAAGAAUGAUAGUGUGAUUGAGCGCUUUACCGAGACGGGCAUCAAAUUCGAGGAUGGCAGUGAGCUCGACGCCGACGUGAUUAUAUAUGCCACAGGGUUCGAGAGCGCCGCGAAGGCCAUCAACCGUGUUGUUGGGGACGAAUUGUCUGCCCAGAUCCAGCCCAUAUGGGACCUCAACGAAGAAGGGGAACAGAAAGGUUCCUGGAGAUGGCUCGGCAUCCCGAACAUGUGGUAUAUGCUGGGUGCGCACCCUUGCCUCUUGCUCGCUUUGGCAGUCUAAGAUGAGUCUUCUAUCAAUCAGGUAACUUGGCCAUGUGUCGCUACCAUUCAAAGCACCUCGCUCUCCGUGAGUGGAUUUCUGAACAACAUAUUCUUGUGUUUAUCAGCCAUAUACACAGAGAUCAAAGCCAUUCAGGAAGGU